GUUGCCUUAGCCAGGUGGGCGAUGCAGCGACUUGAGUGCCACGUGAAGAAGUACAAAUGGGGAAAGCAGGGCAACGAGAGUGAGGUUGCCCGAUUAUUUGCAGCUGGUCAUAGUAACUUCAAAGUGGACGAAGAUGAGACUUAUGCAGAGCUAUGGAUGGGGACCCAUCCCGAUGGACCUGCUAUCCUCUCCAACUCUUCCACACGGCUAUCAUCAUUCAUCGCGAAAAGCCAUUCGGCUAGUUACUUAUGUAACAAUAAUCUGAAGGAGGAUAUCCAUCUGCCAUUCAUCAUGAAAGUCAUGUCUAUUGCAAGAUCUCUCAGUUUACAAGCGCAUCCUACCAAGGAGCAAGCUGCACGACUACAUGAACGAGAUCCCGUUCAUUAUCCAGAUAGGCAUCACAAACCCGAACUUGCUUACGCUCUCACCCAAUUCGAGCUGUUGUGUGGUUUCAGGCCAGCCGAACAAAUUAUCGAAAAUAUGGAAGCAUUUCCACCUCUCCAAGCUAUCAUGGAUAGCCACAACUGCAAUGUUUUGAAGGCAGUGUUAGCAAAGGAGAAGGACUCACAGUCUUUGAAGUGUCGGCAGGCAUUGGCUGCGUGUUUCGGAGAGAUGAUGGAGAAAGCUCGCAAUCAUCCGGAGCUUGUUGCCGAAUACGUGGAUCAGCUGAUCGUGUAUCUUGAUAAUGGGUAUCGUGGCUGCAUCACCGAAGGCACUGUCGAAGUGAUUCGUAAGAUGUACGAAGAUUUUCCUGGAGAUGUGGGCAUUUUUUCGCCGUUGAUCCUCAACCAUAUGGUAUUGAAGCCUGGAGAAUGCUGCUACUAUGCAGCUGAAGAGCUUCACGCCUAUCUGAGUGGUGAAUGCGUGGAAUGCGUUGGCUGCUCGAACAAUACCAUUCGAGCUGCUAUGACUCCCAAGUUCAUCGACAGAGAUGCGCUUUGUGAAGUUCUCAAUUAUCGCAUGACGCCACCUGAAGACUACCUCGUGCCAGCUACCCCUCUUCCUGGUUACCCUGGAGUUGAGGAGUAUGCACCUGACUGCAAAGAUUUCCAGCUUCACAGGAUUCGGGCGCGAACUGACGUAGAAGAAACAUUUCUUCCAAUUCUGAAUUGUGCAUCCAUCAUGGUCAUCGUGGAAGGUUCAGCGUAUCUCGAAGAAGUUGACGAACCGAGCAGCAGCCAAUCGAGGUCGCAGUCGGUCGCCAACCUAGCGACACUGGAUAGACGGCACGUUACACGGGGAGAUAUAAUCUACAUACCACCUGCAAGAAGGUUAAGGUUUGCUCGAUGCACAGCGCCGGUGGAAGCCUUUCGCACUUUCAGUUACGAAAUUGGACCUGAUCAUGAGAACCGAAAGCUAGUUAAAGAAAUUCCUUCCACAAUCUCCGUGAAGAAACCUUUGUUCACAUUCAAGCCUUCUGCUGAAAAAACCUUCGCCGUCGAUUCAGAAAUGGAUGGUUUCAUAUGAUUAAUGAAGAAGUAACUAGACUUAACAAUGAUUUUCUAAUUUCAUUCCUUGUAUAAUCGCUUUGGCAUGUAUGUGACGUGAGGUAUAGGACCAUAAGUCUCAUUUCAACUACUCUGCUGAAAGAUAUCUCAGCUAUGGUCGAAACUCUUGCGGUCUCGCUGAGAUUCUUUAUCACUGACUACAUGGUCAAGUUAAUUCUGGGAACGGAUUUGAAAUUUCGGCCAGAACAGCAAAUUGUUGGGCGCCGACUUGUAGCCGGUGUUUAGUAAAGUUUACAUUAUGCAGUUCGAGACUCGUGAUUUACGAUAAUGUACUCUGAUUUUGCAUCUCGCAUGUACUUGAGAACCUGAUUUUGCAUCUCACAUGUAUUUGAGGCCCUUCAGAUGCUGUCUCUCAGCUUCAAUGCAUUAAACCAGCUUCUCUUCAUUCCUUUUGCGCGUCAUUUCAGAACUUCUUCUUCGUCGUCAACAUUAAGUUUGAUGUCAGGUAAUUUUGCUUAACGC